UAAUUAGAAACAAGAUUAUUUUAGGAUGGGGUGGUUUUUGUUUUGUGUAUCCAGAAAGCAGAAGGCAAGAUGAUGGGGUUAUUAGGGUUUUAGAGAUGAAAUGAGAAGGAGAAUGGCAUCGUCGGCAUUUAUGGUGAUCUGCAUCCUGCACUCGGUGAUAGCAAUGACAUGUGGGGCCCUGAUGAUGUUCUACAUGAAGGAGGUCUACACCUUCGGCCACGGUGUGCAGGCCGCCACCAAGCUCUUGGGAUCCACGCCGCACGACCAGCUUCUCAUCAAGACCUCCGAUUCCUUCUCCGGCUUGCUCCUCGUCGCCAUUGGCUUCCUCCUCUUCAUGGUGUCGUUUGUUAAAGAUCGUGACUUUCAGGUCUUCUUCGCCAAGGGUUGCACGCUUCUCCACCUCUUCAUGGCCAUGUGGAGGGUCUACUUCGAACGCAAGGUCGAGGAUCUCGCCUUGGAUUGGCUCCGCCAGACUGUUGGCGAUUUUCUCUUGGCCCUUUCGUGGGUUUUCUUCCUUGUUUACUCUUGGAGGGAGAAUGCAGUUGAUGUGUAGAUCUGAACGAAGCCAUUUGAGUAUGUAUGUUGAGAAACUUCAUUUGGAGGCAACUGAUCGAUGAAGUGUUUUAACUGGCACCGCUGAUGAAACUAAGCUUAUGCCCUGCCAAUACAUAGAGAUUUCUGUUCUUUGUGGAUGAAAUGAAAUAAAAAGGAGUAUUACUUGUUUGAGGAUAAGUGAACUAAAUUGUUUCUUGUGUAUUUUUAGUUAAAACUUGCUUCCAUCUAACUAAAAGACUGAACCUAGAGUUCAAAUUAUCAAAAUACAAUUUUGAAAAUGCUAGAAACGUUCUA